ACUGAUUGAGUUGCACGGCUCUGAAUUUGCCUGUUAGUUGUAUUUAUUCUUAGAGCUUGUUCUUCGUUUGUUCAGCGUGAAAAUCGUGACUUAUCUUGCUUUUUCUUAUCUAUUCAUCUAGUCACACGGCUCCGUCCCAUUCUAGAAAUCCUAUAAAUUCCUGAGAAAUCCCAAACAACUCCGAGAUCGAAAUUAUCGCAUUAUUGUAUUCCAGAAAGCUACCCCCACAAUGGCCAUUUCCAUCCAAAGCCAGUCGGCGUACUCUCCGGCGAUUCCUAUAGCGACACAAGAGUACGACGCUGAGAACAGACUCAGAAAACAGUGUAUACUGCCCCUUCGAAACUCCGUCACCAUAACGUCUAUCAAGUCGACUCUCUACAACAAACGAACCAACUAUAGAGGUUCCAAACGUCUGAGAAAUAAAAACCACCAAGUGAAUCGAACCCAAGUAGCAGCUCACCCUCUCAAUGAGUUUGCACCACAAAACCCAAGUCCUGACUACUACCAAUACGAAUAUGAAGCAAACUACAACCAUCUUGGAAACGAAGACGACGUGAAACAUUUUGAAAAUGUAGACGGCGAAAAUGCCGAAGUAGAAGAGGUUGACAUCGACGAAGAAGAAGAAAUCGAAGACGACUAUUCUUACGACGAUUACUCACUCAGUUCAGAGUCGUCGCAUUCCACUUCCACUGAUCGUCUUUCUUCGCUUUCAGCAUCUUCCCAUAGAAAUUGUUACUGCUACUUCUCGUACAACAACAAUCAUCACAGCUUCUCGUACGUUUCCAAAAGCUCUCGCUAUGGCUCUGUGAUCAACAUACCCAAGUCGGUAACAUCCUCGCUAUCUUCAUCUGCGCCUUCUGUGUUCUCGUCCUACAUUUCGUCAUCUUCACCUUUGGCAACGACAUCGGUAUCCAAAACUGCCUCCUUUGCGGCGCCAUCUAUUGUAACCAACUCAGCCAUGACUGCCACCACAGAAACGUCACCAGCAUUUACUAUAAGUAGCAACGACACACACCGCAGUUUGCACAAGUCUUCUUCCACCGAGUCUCUCUAUAAAGUAUUGAAAACACAAGACAGUCUCGAUUUGAAGAAGAAAGCUUCACCCAUAUCAAAGCUCACGAACUCAUUCAGAUCCUGGAAAGAUUCCUUGCAAAGGAACUUAUCUACCUACUCUUUGCUUCAGGAGACUCCCAGAAUGACGGACGAUGUUUUACCUCCUAUAGCUGCAUCCGCUUCAGGUUCGCGUUGGGCCGUUUUGGCAGAUGUUCACGAAGCAGAAGAGCCAGAGGACGACGAGGAUGAAAAGAGUUUGCAUCAAGAACUCACGACUUUUGAAUGUGCCGAUUCGAAUGAUGUAGAGUACGAUUCGUUGAAGACACCAUCUUGUAAAUCGUUCAAGAACCGAGACAAUAGAAUCAACUCGUCGUUCUUGAGACUCUACGCUUUUGACUACAACGCCAGAAUGAACUCCAAGACGUUGCCCAACACUGCCAGCUUCGGCAGUGGCGAUACCAAUGUGAACCAAACAGAGUUGUUUAGACUCGUAGCUGACAAGCCACAAUUGUUAGUUUUCCACCAUCGCUACAAUGUCUGUCGUAUCUCCAACAUGUCGCGUGACAAGUUGUGGAACAGUGUGAUUCUUCCUCCUCGUAGCGACGAUUCUCCUUUGUUGGGGAUCGACUGCAACAACUAUGUCUUUUUGGGAAACGCAGACCUCGAUGACAUCGACUACCUGCUUACCCGUAAGUCUGGAAACUAUCUUCCUUGGGAUUCUACUCUGUUGUCUUUGCGUCCAACAUUGAAGCCAGCUGGUAUCUUGUAUAACGGCAAGACUAAGCCUAACGGCAUGGCACCAAACUCCGGUUUCACCAAGACUCAGUUCACCGUCAAGGGCUGGUGCAAUCCCAGAUGGAUGGACUGCUCCUCCUAAGAGCAGCUCAAAAAGGUUCAAUACUGGUUUAUUACCUUUGGCUGCUACUUGAUAAUAAGAUUUGCAAUCUAAAACUACAGCAAACUAAAAUUACAGCAUAAGUGAAGAACAGCUCGCCUGAUUCUUCU